AUGGCAAUUGAUUUAAUUGAAUUACCAAAAGAUAUAUCAUCUUCAAUUCCAAUUAAUAUUAAAGUAUAUAAAGAUGAAUGUAUUUAUACUUUUGAUACGCCUGAAAAUAACACACUUGGAAUUGAUUUAGAUUUAAAAACUUUUAAAGCUUAUUCAAGAAAUGAAAAUUAUAAUUUGACUAAAAUUAACUAUGAAAAAACUGGAAAUUAUUUAUAUUUAAACAUGAACAAAGUAUUAAAGUCACAAGAAGAAAGAAAUAAAUUAUUAUAUGAUUCAAAUGGCGAUAGAAGUCCUAAAAUGCAAAAAUUAGAAGUUAAAAAUGCUAAUAAUGAUGAUUAUUAUAAUACUAUAAUUACGGUAUAUGAUAUCAAAGAUGAUAAAAGUUAUAAUAGAGAGGAAUUAUCCGAUAAAUUUAAUAAAUUAAUUGAUUCCAUCUUAUCUACAAAUUCCUCAUACAAAGAAGAUGAAAUUCAGCAAUGGGAACAAGAAAUUUUACCAUGUGAGCAUUCAAUUGAUGUUCAACAAUUUAAUAAUAAUGAAUUAGAUUUAUCCAAAUGUUCUCAAUGUGAGCUAAAAGAAAAUCUAUGGAUUUGUUUACAUUGUGGUGUUUUAGGAUGUGGAAGACAACAAUAUGGUUCUGAUUUAAAAGGAAAUGGUCAUGCUUUAUCUCAUUUUGAAAUUACACAACAUCCAAUAGCUGUAAAAUUAGGUUCAUUAAAUUUAGAUAGUGAUAAAUGUGAUAUUUAUUGUUAUAAAUGUAAUGAAGAAAUUAAAGUUUUAAAUUUAAAAGAAAAAUUAUCAAAAUUUGGUAUUGAUUUAACAUCAAUUGAAAAGACUGAAAAAUCAUUAAUUGAAUUAAAUAUAGAUAAGAAUUUAAAUUUUGAUUUUAGAUUACAAGGUAAGGAUGGUCAAAAAUUAACACCAGUUUAUGGUAAAGGUUUAACUGGGUUUCAAAAUUUAGGUAAUUCAUGUUAUUUAAAUUCUGUAGUUCAAGCGUUAUUUGAUCUCGAUGAGUAUAAAAAUUAUUUCAAAGAAUUUAAUUUCAAUUUUGAUAUUGAUCCAAUUAAAGAUUUGACUAGUCAAUUAGUUAAAAUUUAUGAUGGAUUAUAUUCUGGAAGGUAUUCUAAACCUGGAUCUUUAAAAGGUGAUGAUUAUCAAUUAGGUAUUAAACCAUUCACAUUCAAAAAUUUAAUUGGAGAGAAUCACGUAGAAUUUAAAACUCAAAGACAACAAGAUGCUUUUGAAUUUUUAUUAUAUUUAUUAAAUAAAUUGGAUCAUCAAUUUGGUAUUGAUUUAAAUAAAUCAUUUAGAUUUUUAUUCACAAAUAAAUUAAUUUGUGCAAAUUGUGGAAAAGGAAAUAUAAAAGAUGAAUUAAUUGAUAAUUUAUCUGUAAUUGUUAAUGAUAUAAUUGAUUCAAUUGAUGAAAAUGGUAAAAAAAUAUAUAAAGAAACGAAUUUAGAAACUUCAUUCAAAUUACUCACUGAAAAAGAAUCAAUUGAAGGUUAUUCUUGUGAUACAUGUAAUUCUAAAUCAGGAUUAGCUCAUAAAUCAAGUGGUUUUAAGUCAUUUCCAAAACAUUUAAUUAUAAAUGCUCAAAGAAUAAAAUUGGAAAAUUGGGCACCUAUAAAAAUUGAUGUACCUAUUGAAAUACCAUUUAAACUAAAUUUAGAAAGUUUUAAAGCUCCAAAAAUUGAAGAAGGUGUAAUUGAAGUAUUUGAAGAAGAAGAAGAAGAAGAAACGUCAUCUAAAUUUGAACCAAAUCAAGAAGCAUUAGAUACUUUACUUUCAAUGGGAUUUCCUGAACCUAGAAGUAUUAAAGCGUUAUAUAAUACAGGUAAUUCAAAUACUGAAGAUGCUAUGAAUUGGUUAUUUGCUCAUAUGGAAGAUGUAGAUAUUGAUGAACCUAUAAAUUUUGAAUCAAAAAAAGAAGUUGGACCAUCUGAAGACUUAAUUAAUAAUAUAGUUGCAAUGGGUUUUUCUACUCAAUUAGCUAAAAAAGCUUUAAUUUUGAAUAAUUCAGAUGUUAGUCUAGCUAUUGAAUGGUUAUUCUCAAAUCCAGAUGAUGAUGGUAUAAUUGAAAUUAAUAACAACCCAAUUAUUGGUUUAAAACAACAAGAAAAAGAUUUGAAAAAACAAUUAAAAGAUCAAGAAUCAAAUUCUGGUAAUUAUUUAUUAAAAUCUGUUAUUUGUCAUAAAGGAUCUUCACCUCAUGCUGGCCAUUAUGUUGUUUAUAUUAAAAAAAUUAUAAAUGAUGAAAUUAAAUGGGUAUUAUUUAAUGAUGAAAAAGUAGUUGAAUGUGAUGAAUCAAAUUUGGAUGAUAUUAAAACAAAUGCAUAUAUUUAUAUAUUUGAAAGAGUCUAA